CUACGGCUCUGUGUAUAUAACUCUAAGAUUUCUCGCCGAUAGACAGACAUCACCAACAACAUCCAUCACUUCAUCAACACUACAACCAAUACUUCCAUCUACCAACCACUCUCACCACCACCACCAUCAAGAUGCAGUUCACCACCGCUCUCCUCGCUCUCGUAGCCAGCACCGCCUCCGCCGCCGUCCUCCCCCGCGACAACCAAGGCGAGUGGAACGUCCAGAUUACCCUCGGACCCGACGUUGGUCUUCUGUACAUCCACGCCGAAUUCGCAAACGACGAGUACAACGGCGAUGAUGGCAAGCUGAGGAACACCUGCUACCAGACCGAAACCCCCUUUGUCCAAGGUUGCGACCGCACUACCUUUGGCUUUACCUACGACGGAAAGGUCGUCACUCUUCAGGAGACUCUGCCCAACGGUGUUGUCGUCUACGGAGAGGCUGAUUUCGAGGUCACCACCGACAUUGGUGGCGGCCGUAAGCGGGACGACAUCGUUGUCCCUGUUUCCCGCGCUGUUGUCUAAGUUGGAUGGUUUUGGUGACGAUGGCCUUUUGGCAUACUUCCGCUCUGCAGAGAGUAGUGUAUAUAUUUGAUCGUAAUGCUAUUUAUUGAAUCAACGCAAGGAAAUUGUACCUA